AUGGGUGGAGGCUUCCAGGGGGCAGUGCUGGGUCGUGACGGCGGUGCCAUGAAGCAAAUGCUGCUGCCCUUCUGGCUCGGCCUGGGGGGCACCCUGGGGUCCGGGAUACAGCCUUUCCCUUGGAUCCACGUUUCAGAUCUAGCAGGGAUCAUCGCCCACGCCCUGGAGCCCCCUGCAGACACCCCCUCCCCUUCAGCACAGGUGUUAAACGGAGUUGCACCCGCCCUGAACACCAACUACGAGUUCACUAAAGAACUGGGUCGGCUCCUGAGGCGGCCCACUAUAUUUCCUGUACCCGGCUUCGUUAUGAAUGCAUUGUUGGGCUCGGAGAGGGCUGUGGUCCUCACACAGGGCCAGAAAGUAAUACCCAAGAGGACUUUAGAGGCCGGAUUUCAGUACAAGUAUCCAGACUUGACCUCGGCCCUGAAAGAGAUCGUUGGGAGUUAA